UGAUUGUUUUAUUGUCUUCGGUAAGCCGGCGAACUCUUUUCAAUUGACGCAGCAGUCGCACGACAGUCCACCUGCCGGUGCCUGUACACAAAUCAAGGGCACACGCCGUCACAUCAAGCUAGUGACCACAUCGGCUUGGAAAGCUCCGCCGGCUGGGAGACUGCUGGCUCAUCCAUCGUUAGCUUUUGUCAUAGUCAGACUCUAUCCAGCGAUAAUUUGCACGUUUCAUUACAUUCUGUUGUGAUUCGUUGGUCUUCUUUUUUCCCUCCCGGUGACCAUGGCUGAUCCCAAAUACGCAAAUUUGCCAGGAAUUGCGUUUAACGAGCCGGACGUGUAUGAAACCGGUGACCUUCCUGAGGAUGACCAGGCUCAGUUUGAGUCGGAGCUGGAGGAGCUUUGCAGUGACAGCGUGGAGAGGAUUGUGGUCAACCCCAAUGCUGCUUAUGACAAGUUCAAAGACAAGCAUGUCAGCACCAAGGGACUUGACUUUUCAGACAGAAUCAGUAAAAGCAGAAGAGUUGGCUAUGAGUCAGGAGAAUUUGAGAUUCUUGGAGAGGGCUGUGGAGUGAAGGAGACGCCUCAGCAGAAGUAUCAGCGCCUAGUGAAUGAGAUCCAGGAACUCACGCAGGAGGUGGACACCAUCCAGGCUGCCACAAAGGAAAGUAAUGCAGAGGAGCGCCUCACUCCAGUGGUGCUGGCCCAGCAGGCAGCCCAGCUCAAACAGCAGCUGGUUUCAGCCCAUCUCGACUCACUGCUUGGACCACAGGCACACAUCAACCUGGCUGACCCAGAUGGCGCACUGGCCAGGCGUCUGCUCACCCAGCUGGAAGCCGCUAAGGGCAGCCGUAGCAGCUCUGCAGGAGACUGCAAGCCGACAGCAUUAACUAAGGGCCCAGAUGGAGUGGUACUCUACGAGUUACACAGCAGACCAGAGCAGGAGAAAUUUAAUGAGUCUGCCAAGAUGGCGGAAGUGGAGAAGCGUCUAGCUGAGCUGGAGAUGGCUGUUGGCUCAGGAUCAGACAAGCAGGGACCUCUGAGUGCUGGUGCUCAAGGAACCAGUUUGAUGGACACCAUAGAGCUCCUGCAGGCAAGGGUCAGUGCUCUGGACUCUGCUACUCUGGAUCAAGUGGAGGCAAGACUGCAGAGUGUCCUCGGGAAGAUGAAUGAGAUUGCUAAACACAAGGCAGCGAUUGAAGACGCUGAAACACAAAACAAGGUGUCAAAGUUGUAUGAUGUGGUGCAGAAGUGGGAUGCCAUGUCCACUUCCAUACCUCAGGUGGUGCAGAGGCUCGUUGCUGUGAAGGAGCUCCAUGAGCAAGCCAUGCAGUUUGGCCAGCUGCUGACACACCUGGAUACCACUCAGCAGAUGAUCAACAACUCCCUGAAGGACAAUAAUACCCUGCUAACACAGGUUCAGCAAACGAUGAAGGAAAAUCUUGUGGCUAUAGAGGAGAACUUUGCUGCACUAGACCAGAGGAUGAAGAAGCUUUCAAAAUAAACGGUGGCAGAGUUUUAGAGACCGGGUUGUUUUUAUAAUUAUUAGAUUAGAAAAUUCUACCAUUCCUUUUGGACCUUCAUGCGAUUUUUGGUAAAAUGAAAUGGAUGAAAAGAAAAACGGUGUAAAGCGGUGUAGAAAUAAAGAUCUAUUGUCCUAAGUUGUUGUAGCUGAAGCACGUAUGUGCGAGCAUCAGGGCCGUGUCACCGAAGGACAGCUUGUAAAUAUGCCUGUGUACUUUAUUGUUUCUUCACGCUCAGUCGCUUGUAACUAUAUUAUUAUGACUGAGACAGCAGACACCACAGACAAACUUUUAAUCUGCUUUGUCAUUGCCUACAAGUUCACUGUAUUGUUCAUCUGUGGUCAUGGAAACUGAUCAAUAAAACAAAGUGCUGUAAGGCC